CCGACAUCGAGUAUCAUUCAGUCAAUCGAAAUGAAGAUAUGCUCAUUAGUGACCAAGCUGCGUUACAUCUAGUUUCGGAUCGAAUUUUCUUCAGUAAGAGGACCAAGGUCUUCCCUAAUUUCGUUCGUGAGCACCAGCUUCUGGUUGAGUGAAGAACAUCAAAAUGGUGCUGUGUGAAGUCAACGAGUGGCUGCCUGAGGCCCUCCUUUUGAUUUGGGUCGUGACUACGUUGAUGGCCGCAAUCGCGAUCGUCGGAAGCUCUGGCCUGACGUUUCAUUUUCUCUACACAACAGCGACGUACGGGAAAUGGCAGCACAAGUCUAGCGGAGUUUACCCCAGUGCUGGGUAUGUGCGGAAGGAGAUCUUGCAGACUCUGAAAGGCCUAGUUUUCGCGUGUUUUUUUCCGGCAUUGAGCGUCUACCGCCGGGCAUCUAUGCAGGGCUACUGCAUCGACCACGGAAUAACAGGGGAAGCACCAGCAAGUAGUAGAGAUUUGAUGCCCUCGACGAACCCUGAAAGCCUAGUCCAAAAACUUGGCGCCGCGUCCUCUGCUCGAGAACCCGACCUCUUCGAGUCGUGGGGAAUCGGCUUAGAUCGCGAAACGAGCUGGCUUCGGGUCGGCUUGGAGUGGUUGAUCAUCGUGCUGGUCACGGACUUUGUCGAGUUUUUUUACCAUUGGUGUGGCCACUACUUCGACCACGGAUGGGCCGUACACCGGCAUCAUCAUGUUUUCUCCAAUUUACGGCUAUUGAUCGGGCGGCUGAUGUUGGUGCUUGUAGUUGCAAAAAAAUGCUCAACGAUCCAAUAGUAGUACCUUGUCAUUAUAGUCGUACUGUAAAUUGUCUCGAUUCGCCUUAGACUUCCAGAACCAACUCCCGUGUGCUACCGUAUCUGAGUAUGAUCUUCGAAGCCGAUGGGCGACGACAUUAUCACAUGAUCAAUGGAAGACAGGGAACAAAUUUAGACCUUCUAAGUCUUCCGACACCUUGGGCAGUGAUCGCCGAUGAACCGAUGGAUAAUAUCGUUCGUGCGAGUCCGCUCUUUUGGCUUCCGUACUUUCUGCCAUUGAAUUUGAACACCUUGUUUCUCACCUUUGGGAUCUUCUUCUACUUCUAUGGCGUGUACCUCCAUUGUGGCUAUGAAGCAGAUUGGAUCAUUCCGAGCGAUCACUUUUUUGUGAACACAUCCUUCCAGCACUACGUCCAUCACGCGAAGGGUACUUCUUAUCAGCAUCUUGCAGUUCUGUCUCCUCUACUAAUAAAUGGUGCGUAUAAACAAGAAGAUCAAACGCAAACCGAAGCCUAGCCCUAAGCCAAAUAGGAUUCAGCAAUUUCGUUAAACAUUUGUGAAUGUCGUCAUGGAUUUGGAUGGAAGGAUAUCAUCAACAUUUUUGUCUAUGACUACUCAUUAUUCAAAACGUCCUCGUUACGGUUUUUUACGUUAAUCAUGAGCAAAGGUACUCGCUCGAAGCCUAUCCAUUGUGGCUUUUUCAUAAAGUUGUGGGACCAACUGUGGGGUACGGAGUACAAAGGCGUUGAAUGCUUUGCGCGCACGGAGCGGGCGAAAGGAAAGCGAACACUCGCAAAAUGGGAGUCUGAUGUGCUUCAAGCGUUCCCGAAUUACGACCUUCUACUUGAUUGGCGCUUCUUCUGGUACGGUGAGAAGCAUUCGAUGUUUCAGAAUCGUUUGUUCGUCGACAAGCGACCUAGCGUUCCAACUGUGACAUCUUGUUCCGGUUCCACACCAGCGAGAAGUUGCACAUCUAGUUGUAACUUUGAGCAGAACAUCAACCGAAAUAUUUUUACCACAGCCGAUGUACGAGCAGAAAAAGUAGAUGCACCUACUUCUACGGCCAUGGAAGUCAGUGCUGAUGCUGUCGAGACUGCUGCGAAGUUGGAGAGAAGGAUCGAAUAUGAGGAGAAGAAUGCUGCUGUGCGAACGACUCUCAUCACCGCUCAGCAGAGCGAGAUGGUUGGCAUUGCUCCUAGUACAACCAGGGCGAAUGGUGCGCUUUCACCUACUUCAUCUUCCUCGGUAAAGUUGAAGUAUCGGGUACCAGCAAAAAAGGAAAGGACGAGGGACAUUGACGAGGAUUCGACGAGUAGCGACGGUGCCGAUGCAGUUUCAGACUCUUCUUCUGCUAGGGACGAUUAGAAUCACGGUUGUAAAUAAUUUUCAACUUUCAUCAUCAACAAGAUCGUGAAAGUCAAUUGCUUACACUCUUUGGAUGAAAGUGCUUCAUUUAGAUCCUGAUGACUUUCGAUUGAUAUUACGUAAAUAUACUUGUUGUUCUACCACCAGCACCACCAGUUGUUCCAGCAGUGCGUUACGAGUACGCAUUUUCGUCGCUUGAAUUGUGGUAAUUCAUUGUCUUAGUUCUGGCCGUGUGGCUGCGGUAAUAUAAAUCAAACGCCUGGUAGUUGUAUAUGAAGAAGACAGAGAAGUAGUCCAAUUUCAGUUCAGCGGUCGUAGUAGCGAUAUUGGUAGUGGUACUAGUAUGUGUUGUAGUUUUUCAGUCUAGAUACCUAUGUAUAAGAUAGAUACACUACCAGUUUCCAGAUAGUCCUUCUAUCAACUUCACUGGGGAAUAAAAAGUCCAUGUCAUGAUAUUUUUUGCGAUCCUUGCUUCUAUCUCGAACUGAGAAAUAGAGAAAUGAAAAGCUCACUCCUGUUUGUAAAUGCGCUGGCUCCUUUGGCUAGUGCUGCUGUGCAGUUCUCACGCAAAAAAUAGUGACUUCCUCCAUGAUUAUUGAUUUGUAAACACUUAUGAACUCCUUACGGUCAUCAGGAAAGUUGGCAACAGGGACACGUGCAUGCUUUCCUUACGAGGAUAGUCCAGCACUCAAUUUUCCAUCUUCCAACCAUAUAAUUAUAGAGAAAGUGAAAGUAAACUCGCUGUAGUUCAUCAUUCUACCGUUGAAUAGUUUCGCUGUGUCAUUUUUGCAGUCCCCUCUUGCGUGUCUGAACACAAGCUUGGGUGAGUCUUUUUAGUCAAACGUAUGAAAACGCUGGUUAUUGUUGACAAAAACAAUUAUGUAUGACAUGAGAACAAAAGCGAAAAAGCAGCUUUUAGGUAGGAACUAUGAAUACAAUCUUCACUCUGAGUCUCAACAGCUAGCUUUUGUCCAGCAACACGUUCAGCUUCAGCGUCCACCUUGAGCGUUGUCAACACGCAGGCGCAGAUGGUUUGACAACCAUUUUCUAGAAGAAGCAAAGGAUCGGUUUCCGGUCAUUUAUACUGGGUUUCUGUUUUUUUUUUUUAUUUUUCAAACAAUGAAUUGCUUCAUCUCUUGACGACAGCGCAUCGCGGUCGCUCAGAUCCUUGUCCUCUCUAUGAGCGCAAAGGUGCAAUCGCAUGAGCACUGUUGGGAAAUGUUUACCGUAUCCAGGACGCCGCCAAGGCAACAUUUUUUCAUGAGAACGAGGAGCGACAGACUGAGGAGCAGUAUGAUUAUUUGUGAACAC